CGGGCUCUUUCGCCGUGUCUCACAGGGCGCGCGACUGGAGCUGCUGCGCUGGCAUCUGGCUCGCAAGCACAUCCAACAGACUCCCGGGUGCGUCACGUGAGCAUGGGGGGAAAGAACACUCCGUUAAAAUAUGCGAGCGUCCCAAAACCAGCACAUUUCGUUCUAGGGGGAAUAAGCUCCACAUGCAAAGUUAGUGGCUAGUUAAUCGCUAUAAGGAUGUGCAGGCACUCUCCGUCUUUUAUUCAGCAAGUUUCAGUACUUUAAGGUUCUUCUUGGAUAUCCACAUUCUGAACGUGCAGAUUUUAUAUAGAAACGAGAUGGUCGGUUUUGGCAGUUGUAAUCUGUAAUUACUUGGUGACGUUUGCCGAUUUGGGAAAAAUAUUUAUCUCAGAGACCUGUGAUACACAGCGACAUCAAACAUGGAAUACUAUGUUUGCAUCUCAGAGCCUGGUGAAGGAACCAAAAGAGAUAUCUGAUGUCUUGGUCAUGAGACGUUAGAUGGCUGUACUUGGGGGCUGCUAUUCUCGAGACCCCUGGAGUUGCAGCAGCGGUGCUGUGAAUGGGAACAGUUAGGAGCCAAUCCAGAUUUCACUUUAAUGGAGGCAGCAUGUAGCACACAUUGACUCAGCCUGACUUCACUUUAAGGAGGCCAGAGAGGCACCGCAUGGAGAAAGUAAUCCAUGCUUGAAGAACGGGGCCUUUUUUUUCCACCAGCGAGGGAGUUUGUUAGUGGGCCACAAUGAGAAGGAUUCACCUAAAAGGCGAUGUGGUUUGCACCCUCGCCCUGUUGAUGUUGUUCUGUCUCUUGUUUUACGCCCACCACAGCCUUACUCCUUUUUGGGAGAGCUGGCAGUUGGAACAGGGCACGCCCAGCUCUCGAUCCCUUCUGGGUGCUCCGGCGGAUAACCAAGACAAUGAGCAGGCCCUAACCAAACCUUCAGACUUACCACGGUGCAAGCCAGAGCCUCAGGCCCGGUCGGUGUCCCAGACACAGCCGAAAGCCAAACCUCAGGCCAAAUCCAAACCACACGGGAAAACAAAAUCCCUAUCUAAGGCCAAGGCAAAAGGCGGGGUUAAAAAAGCUCCACCCACUAAGACUGCAGUGGGGCCGACCCUUGCCCCCUUCGACUUCGAGGACUAUCUCCGCAAGAAGGACAACCGGAAUUUCAGGAUGAUGAUUGAUCAGCCUGACAAAUGCGGAGGCCCCGGUGAAGCUCCUCCUUACCUGCUCGUCGCCGUGAAGUCGGUGGCGGCAGACUUUGAGAAGAGGCAGGUGGUGCGGCGCACCUGGGGCCGAGAGGGCGUCAUCCAGGAAGGCAUCGACAUCAAGACGGUCUUCCUGCUGGGAGUGCCCAGAAAUCGCACCUCGCUGCCGCUGUGGGACAGGCUGUUGGCGUACGAGAGCGCCACCUUCAGCGACAUUCUCCUCUGGGACUUUGAGGACACGUUCUUCAAUCUCACUCUCAAAGAGACACACUUCCUGCAGUGGGUGAACAGUAGCUGCGCCGGGAUCAAGUUCAUCUUCAAGGGCGACGCCGACGUCUACGUGAAUGUGGAGAACAUCCUGGAGAUGCUGCACGGCCAGGAUGACCACAAGGACCUCUUCGUGGGAGACAUCAUUGUCCGCGCCCGACCCAUACGCCGGCGCAACAGCAAGUACUUUGUGCCCGAGUCUGUGUACGGCCAGGGUGUGUACCCGUCCUACGCUGGCGGUGGGGGCUUCGUCAUGUCAGGCCACACAGCGCUCAGGCUGAACCGGGCAUGCCAGGAAGUGGAGCUCUUCCCCAUCGACGACGUCUUCCUUGGCAUGUGCCUGCUCCGGAUCGGCCUUACGCCAUCCCGGCACGAAGGCUUCCGUACGUUUGGCAUCGUGCGGUCCUCGGCCGCGCCGCACCUCCAGGUGUUCGACCCCUGCUUCUACCGCGAGCUGAUGGUGGUGCACAGCCUGACGGUGCCACAGAUCUGGCUCAUGUACAACCUGCUCCACGACCCCCACCUCUCAUGCCACUCCAACCGGACGCCCACCUCGUGGCCAUUCAAGUGGAGGGACAAGGCCUCGCCUACAGCCAAGGGACAGGCCGAUCCAGGGGAGCAAGACUACGGAAUGAAAGUGUUUGUGAAACAUUGAGUUCGUGACUCCAAAAUGGACUAUACUGUGAAUGUGUUUCUAUGAUGAAAGGGGUUAAAAAAACCUAAUAUUGUGAAAAAAAUACCGGUUGUGCCAAUCAACUUUUUCUCCCUCUUGUUCAAUAUGUAUGCAUGUCUGUCAUACGAAUGUUACUUAAGUGCUGGCUGGUACGCAGAAGUCUAAUGUUUGAGUGUGAGGCUAACUGAAGUUAACAGUUUUGUGAACUCGCUCCCUCGAGUAAAAUCAAGGGUUUGAGGAUUUGCUCCCGCCAUUUUGAGAUUCAUACAAGAUGGCGGCACAAGAGUCCCCCAAGAGAGAGUCUGGGAGCGUUUUUAACUUUCCAGAGGGAAACGGACCCCUAGUUGUAUUACGCAUUCAAAGAGCUUCAAAGACUCUAUGGUAGGAUCAUUUGGAUUCACAGAAGAACCCGGUGAAUCUCGUUUACUUUUGUUUGCACAUAUUCAAACUUGGAAACACUUGAAGGUGCUAGUGCCUGAAAAUCUUAGUGAUUGUUUUCUUCGCCAUCUUUGAGCUAUCAGAUGAAAUCUUUUUGUCAAGUCAAACUGUUAUGAGCGCCAUAUGGUCCAACACAGACUUGUGAAUCAGAGGCCAUUUCUGAUGCCAGAAUGUAAGAACCUCAAAAUUGCCCAACAUUCCAGAUGCAUGGAACCUGCUGUUACGAUGACCUUUGAAAAUGUAUCAGUAUUACCUCUGAAUAGUCUGCUGUAUGUAAAUACAAAAUGUUGAAUUCAAAAAUCAAAAACACUGAAAAGGUUCCUGGAGAAAGACAUAUGCAUGUAAAACUUUUUUUCUUUUGAAGAAAAUAAAUAAAACACGAAUGGAAACAAAAAAACAUACAAACAACGGGAAUUCUUUCUUCU